UAUUCUGUUCCUCUCCCGUCCCUAUUCCAUAGGACAUCAGUACAGAACAUCGAGAUCCCCUUCUUCUCCACCUCUCAGCUCCCCAUUCCCCAACUCAGAUCGAGCAGGCGAGCACCAUGGCUAUGGUGCCCCACCCAGCUUAGUCCAGCAUGCCAGAUCUCGUGCCAGAUAGAUCUUCGCUUGGUCGCACCUCGUAGCCUCGUCCCCUCGCCUCCAUGUGCGUUAGGCUGUCGAUCGUGGGACGACGGCGAGCGCCGCCUUGACAAUUAGGAGGUCUGCCGCAUUGCCAAGGAGAUCUGCAAGUUCUCCGCCUGUUCGACCUUGCUCUCCAGGCAAUCAGAUAUUCAGAAUCUGGCUGUAAAAGAAGUGCUCUCGUUUAAUUGGAAAAAAACUGAAGCUACGUAGUGUUCAGCUCUUCCAAGAGAACGAAAUCUGUUGUUUUCUCUGGUAAUACAUUCUGAAGUUGUCUUCUGUAUGCAAGAAUAGCAGCUUGUAUGGAUCACGUGGAGAGUGAGAUGUCAUCGUGUCCUAUGGAAACAAAAGAUUGUGCUGAUGCUGAAUCCAUUGUUGUCACGAGCUCUACCAUAUCAGAUUGCUUUAGUACGCCAACGAGCAGCAGGAGCAUUCCAUUUUGUAUUACCUCCUGGACCCCUGAAUGUGACGAGGCAAAAAAACCAGCCAUAGGCAUGGAGUUCAAAGAUUUGGGUGAGGCUGAGCACUUCUACAAGUCGUAUGCCCAUAGUGUUGGUUUUUCUGUACGGAAAGGGCAGAGUAGAACCGUUGGAAAUGAACAAGUGUGGAAGAGAUUCUAUUGCAAUAGACGUGGCUGGCGAUCAGAGAAAGAGCAAACCAAGAUUAAGCGCAAGACAAAAGUUACUAGGUGUGACUGCCAGGCAAUGAUAACUCUAAAAUGGAAAGGCAAUAAAUACAUUGUGACAGCAUUUUUUGAGGACCAUACACAUGAGUUAGCCUCGCCUAGCAAGCAACAAUUCCUGAGAUCGAAUAGAGAAGUUAGUGACAGUGCAAAGAGUUCACUGUUCACAUGCCACACAGCAAGCAUUGGCACCUCUGCGGCCUACCGCUUACUUCGUGUCGGAGAUGGUGGGUUUGCCAAAGUAGGUUGCACAAAGAGAGAUUUUCAAAAUUAUCAUCGCUACUUGAAAUGCGCUAUAAAUACCUCAGAUGCACAGAUGUUCAUUGACAAUCUAGCUAGGAGGAAGGAAGCCAACCCAGCAUUCUUCUUUGAUUACAUGCUGGAUGAGAAGGGGCGAUUGGUGCACAUAUUUUGGGCUGAUACAACUUCUAGGAAGAACUACUCACAUUUUGGAGACGUUAUCUCUUUUGAUUCAACAUAUACAACCAAUCAGUAUAAUAUGAUAUUUGCACCUUUCACAGGAGUGAACCACCAUAAGCAAUCAAUAUUCCUUGGACAAAACUGUGCAAAAAAAAGCCAUGUUUGAUGAAGAUGGCAACCUCUUGGAAGAGAAGGCAAAGAGCCCCCUGGAUUUAGCAAUGGAAAACAAAACUUCUAGUGCACGUAAGGACUUCGAGGAAUCCAUUCGCUUGGCUGCACACUCAGUUGAAACCAUGGACAUAGUUACAACAUGUCUCGCCAAUCUUGUGGAUACUAUUAGAAAAAUGGUUCCAGCGGACAAACAAACAAGGAAGGAUGAAUUUGAGUCUUUCCUCGGCUGUAGCAUUCCUUCCCAAAUUGAAAUACAUCCACCAUCUGAUGUUCGCUCUCCUGGGAAAUGCAAGAGAAUUAAAGGACACUUGGACAAGGGAGUGAAAAAAAGCAAGGUCGCUGGGGACAAGGAGAAGGGAAAGACAAUACGGAUGUGUUCUUUAUGUCACCAGCUGGGUACACAUGAUAAGCGCACUUGUCAUACAAAAUCCACACAGUAGCAUGCAGAUACUUGGAGCACAACUAUGCAUUUCCGUGGGUGCAUUCAGAAGUUUGCCGCAAGAUAGCAGUUGACCAGUUGUCUAGUAGUAUUAGAAAUAUGUAUAUUAUCUGGAAGUUAUGUACUAAUUGUUCCUUCCUAGAACUAAUAUGAAUGCAAUCUUUACACUGGCCACCUGAUGGCUGAUGCCAUGUUUCAUGUUUCCAGACGGUGGUUUCAGUCUUUCGGAAGGCAUAGAGAUGCUUAAUUGAUAUCUUUUAACUUAAUUGGUUUGAAGAUUUAUGCUGUUUGUGAAAUAGAGAAAACCUGAUGGCUGAUGACA